GAUAAACCCCACCGAAGAAGAAAAAGUAUUCGCUGAUGCAGAACUUCUGCCACCGAAAGUCUGAGAUCCGUACUGAAGUAGGACGUAUCAUCUGAGAGACCAGAAUGUGGGAGUUUAUGAGAAGAGUGAAAGCCACAGAGCUCAUGGCCAACCUCCCCUGCCUUACACAGUCUGACAGGGAGGAAAUCCAGGCCAUGAAGGACCGUAUUGGUAACUCAGGUGCAAUGCAGAUCCUGCUGGACUAUGUGCAGAAGAGAAUGAACUGGCCAGAAGAGUUGAUGUCAGCCCUGGAGGUGGUGGAGCAUCAGGACCUGGCUGAUGAACUGAGAGCAGAGUGGACCAAGCACAACCAGACCAAUCCUUCUCCUGCUGCUCCUCCUACCAGUCCAUCUCUGCCCAUCUCAGAGAGCUCUGAUGACCCUACAUCUUCUAUGGUUCUCCCAGCUUGGCCGGCACCACCUUCAGAGUCACUCAGCCUUGAGAGUACUGCCUGUCCGGAGGAUGGUGGCCAGCCAGUAGUCCCCACAAGUUCAGUUGCUGAGGUUCCCAUCGCUGGCGCCUCCCCAUCGCCAGCUCCACAGGCUCUCGAAGCAGCAGUAAGCCGUGUCACAGCCACCCAGGCAGCACCUUUGCCUGUCUCAGUGAAAGUGGAGCCCACAGUGGUCUCUGAACCACUCUCUCACUCUGAUAACGCUGCCUCCUCCCAGCCUGGUCCUGUAGAAACCGGAUCUCUGGAGGAUAACCCAUCUCAUAUAGUCCUGUCUGAAACCACUCUCACCUUGCCUGUGUCAGACCUAAACCCAGUCCUGUCCCAAACUAAAUACACCCCCACCGCUGCUGCCCCUGCCUCGGUCCAGGCCCCUGAGAGACGUCCGGUUCAGGACACCACGCCACCAGCAGCCAAAGUGACCACCUUCCACCAGAAGCCAGUAGAGGACUCUGAUCCAACUGCAACUCAGGUGACUGAAGAUGACCAGCACACUGAGCCGCCUCAGAGACCCGAGAGCCAUCACUUCUCCCCGGUCACGGCCCCAGCCUCACCCCCGGUGCUCACCUCCAUUGGUGAGGAUAACCGGGAGCUCAGCAAGCCUGACGUUCUCCUCAGUGAGAACCAGCCAUACUCAGGAGGCUCAUGGCUUCUGCAGAUGGAUAGCGGGUCAGUGUCGGACCCAGAGCCGGCUGCUGUGACGAGUCCUGCUGCUGUGACGAGUCCUGCUUCUGUGACGAGUCCUGCUGCUGUGACGAGUCCUGCUGCUGUGACGAGUCCUGCUUCUGUGACGAGUCCUGCUGCUGUGACGAGUCCUGCUUCUGUGACCAGUCCUGCUGCUGUGACCAGUCCUGCUGCUGUGACGAGUCCUGCUGCUGUGACGAGUCCUGCUGCUGUGACCUGUCCUGCUCCUGUGACCUGUCCUGCUCCUGUGACCUGUCCUGCUGCUGUGACCUGUCCUGCUGCUGUAACCUGUCCUGCUGCUGUGACCUGUCCUGCUGCUGUGACCAGUCCUGCUGUGGUCCCAGACCCCGUCCCAGAGCCCUUGUCUAAUGUUCCAGGCCCUCUGACUACUGCAACGCCUCUGCCAUGUCAGCAGCAUGGAGUCUCUGAGGAGCUAGAGGAAUCCUUGUCCCGUAACGAGCCUGAGGAGGACACGUACCAGGAGGUGCUGAUCAAUGUAAUUCAUGUGUCUGAGGACACAUACAUCCAGAAUCAGGAAGGCCAAACACAGAGCACGCUGGGUAAUAAUGAUGCAGGUGUGUCUGAAACACUCCCACCAGUUCAGAACCACAACAGACAAUCCCAGAUCACACCUCUCUCUGGAUCUACAGAACUUGACCUGUCGUCUGGUCCGAACCAGCACGGCCAAACUGAGGACAGUCUGGGGAAAGCAGUUAGUAAGUCUGAAGAACUCCAGCCACUUUUCCUUCUGUCACCAUCGUCAACGGCUCCUCCACUGAUAACUGUCCUCUCCCGGAGGCUGUGGAGGCAGAGGUCAUGCUCAAAGCCAUGAUGGCUAGCGUUGUCCCAGAGCUGAAGCAGAAACAGGAGGGGGAGGGAGCCAGAAGAGGAGGGAGCUACUACUUCCUGGGGGCUGCUGUCCUGAGUGUCUCAGCCCUGUUUGUGGCCUGGAGGAUGAAGAAUUAAGGGUUUUGGGAAAGAAGGAGUUUGUGUCUCAUAGUUUGUCUUUCCAUGAUUCUGUCUCCAAAUUAACUAUAGGACUAUGAUUCAUCUGUCCAGGAAACCUACUCAUACUAGUGUAUAUUGUGCACUCCUAAAGAACAAGUUCACAAGGAUCUCAAGUCCUACAUUCUUAAAUAUAUGUUCACUAUGAUCUCAGGCCCCAUCUAUGCUUACUGUAAAUAUAUGUUCACUAGGA